AGGACAAUAGUGGGCAUGACGUUAGAGGUGGGAGAAGAAAACAUAACACGUGCUACCAUCGGCUCGUUAGUCUUCCGCUGAACAGUGAGUCGUUCACACAAACAUUCGGCUCUCUCGCUCGCCUCAGUGAUUGACGUACAGGAAUAUAUACGAAGUUGUGAGAGAUUUCGAAAUUCAACACGUCGUUAUGACUAAUCAGAGACACACGCGCGUAAUAAUGAAGACGUUGGCUGCCACUUGGACGACGGUGUUUUUCCUCUGGAUGCCGUCAUUAAUAACAGCCGCUGAGCUGUCGGAUGUUUGCACGUUUACGUCGACCAAUUACUCGGUCGGUGACGUCUGGUAUCCGAGACUGGGCCAACACGGCACCCUCCACUGUGUCGCCUGCGUCUGUCAAGAGGGCGGCAAAAUCAAUUGCACCAUCCAAAAUUGCGGUGGUCCGGAAUGCAGCGGAUCCGAAUCAUCCGCCGAGAAUCAAUGCUGUGCCCGUUGUCCCAAAGUGAGUCAAGAUUCGAAAAUACCAACGUCCAUAACAACUCCGCCAGCUCCGGCGCAUUCGACUCGCGUUUUGCAGGAAAACGUUCGGAUGUCCUCGUUCUCGUUAUCGGAUUUGAGUGGCAGUUCGACGUCAUCUGGCGUCACCUGCUUGCACAAUGGCAACGUUUACCGUCACAAGGAGCGUUUCACGUCGACCAGCAUCGGCCUCAAACCGGAACAUCCCAACCAAUGCGUUCAAUGCGCUUGUGAGGGUGGAAUGGUGAUGUGCCAACUCAAAGAUUGCCCCAAAGCUGACUGUGAAAAUCCGGUAUGGACCAAAGAUGAUUGCUGCCCAGUCUGUCCAGAUCCUGUCGGCAGAGUGGACGAGAUGGACAAUUCUCCAGUCAUCAUUCGGCAAGAGCAGGAUGGCGUAAACGGUAAAAUGGAAGACUGCAUCUCCGCUGGCCGAUAUUACCUGCACGGGACAACUUGGCAUCCGGUGAUGGGUCCAUUUGGACCAAUGGACUGCGUCAACUGCCAAUGCAGAUCCGGUCGGAUCGAGUGCCAACGUCUGGAAUGUCCCAGCCGGCCGGAGCUCAGCUGUGAAAGGCCCGUCAAAGUUGCUGGACGUUGCUGUCCCGUCUGCCCGUUUAUCGACGGAGACAAUCAAGCAGGUCCCGUGACACCCUUACUGCCAUCAUCGCCCAUCACUGGGACGCGGUCCAAUAUUCAAGACACUUCACGAAUCGUCAGCAGCAGUUCGAGCAGCAAAAUAAGGACGCCAACUCGACCCUUGCUGGCCCCUUCCAGUUCUUCGCUCAUCAGGUCCUCUACGUACCACGGGAAUUUUACGUUGUGCUUGCCCAGAGAUUACGACGUCAUCGUCUAUCGAGCGCAAGGCGGUGGCAGCACAUCCGAAUUUAUUCAGUACAUAUUUCAGCAAGUUGUCAACGGCCAAGGUAUUGAACACCACAUGUGGAUGCUACAGCCCACUGUAACAACUUACAAAGUCCAAGAUCUGACACGGGACCAGUCCGAAGCGUUACGUCAGCGAUUCCGGUUCAUUCUUCUUGGAACAACAGCCACAAAGCACGUCACGCGGUUCACGAAACGAGAGAAGAAGUUGAAACCGAAAUGUCUGCCUAAUUCCGGCUGCCUGAAGAAGAUCCGACGACUAGAGCGGAACCUGGUCCUCAAAGAGGUUGUCAGCCGUAAAGGUUGUUUACCUCUUGAAGUGGAAGCCAAGAGUCGUUGAUCCAACGACAGCAUUUAUCACAUGAUUGCUCGCAUUGGGCCAUCGUCAUACCAGCACCGGCCAGCCGUACAUGCAAAUCUCUGACGACUGGCAAAUUAGCAACUGAAAAUGCAAUUUAAAAAAAAAACAAAAAAAACAUUUGACCCUAUGCCGUUAAAGGUAAUCUCGGGAAGUCACGUACAACACGGAAUUGGUUUGUCCCACCAGAAAUUCUGCUGUUCUUCGUAUCAGGAAUUCGCAUCUAUUAAGAAGAGUUUCAGCAUUCCUUGGGGUUCCUCUCCCGGUAUCCUCGUUAAUCCCGCGGAACUGGAAAAACGCUGUUCUGUGACGUCGUUUUAUGGCGUUGUGUAGAUUUUUAUGUGGGCUGCUAUCACGGCAAUGAUGUAGGAGGAGUUUGUAAUUUUCUAUAAAAAACUGAAGGUCUUUACUUGGGUGCUGAGAGCAACCAAUUCAUUUAAAUACAAAGACAAAUUAUCAUCUUGUAUGUUUGGCCGCAAACUCAUAUGUCAUUCAAUACAAAUUCAUUUUUCUUU